AUCCCUCACCGAGGGCAUCCUUGACAGUCUGCGAGUUCAGUUUCGGUGGCAUGGCUAACGAACGUCUACUACAGGCUCCGAACACUAAAGUCCAAAUCUGCGUCAUUGCAGAUGACCAGGAACACGCCGUCAAGCUACCCAACACCGUCUACGAUGGCAGCUUGCAGAAGAGUCUCAUCUCCAAGGCAAAGGCCCUGACUACUGGUGGCCCAAUUCAGACACGACCCACCACGACCUUCAUUGACCACAAUGGCAAGACAUACACUUCGGCAUCCACGAUCUGUCUUCGCUGGUACUACGAGAGCGGCAUGCAGACCUUCCAGGAGACGUUUUACGUCGUAGACCAAUCACCGCGGGCUACUGGCGGCGGAGAAUGGGACGCACUCUUGCGCGCCGGUGUCGAACCGGAUCCAGGACAGGUUCCCGCCCAAGCAUUUCCAUAUGGAUAUGCGCCACGGGAUCCACGGCGCGACGAGGACCAGAGAAAGAAAGACGAGAAGAAGUUGAAGCAGUACGAGGCUGAGAAGGAGGCCCAAGCCGCGAGGGUUAGGGAGAGAUUGCUGAAGAAUCUGAAGACAUCUGGGAAGGGCUGAGCUGGACCUGCAUUGCACGGGGUUGGGGGUUCUUCCAGAAUGUUAUGAAACGAAUUUUUUUGGGCGUAUCGUCUCGGAAUGCUCUUUUACGAAGCUUGAGAUUUUGCGUUCGAUUGCUGUAAGGGGUCUCGGUACGAACUUUGC